UGAAACAGGGUUCCAAGGAAAAUCAGAACCCCAUCCUUCGAGUUUAACCCCAUGUAGUCAAAGCAACUAAUAUUGAAAUAGAGUUCAAGGAAAAUCAGAAACCCACCUCGAUUUUUUCUCUGCAAAUCAAAAACCUAGAUCAUCUUCCUCUAAAACUACAACCCUCUGUUAUUCGAACAAAUUCUUACAUCUUGCAAAGAAAAAAUCAGAAACCCGCACUCAACCAUUUAUCUUCCACACUUUUUUCCUUCUUCUACUUCUGAAAAAUUACAUCAACUCAAAUAAAAAACCCACCUCCAUUUUUUCUCUGCAUCAUACCAAAGAGAAGACUAAACCCUAACAAUCAAGGGUUUGAAUUUGAACAUAAACGAGAGAGAGAGAGGAUCUCACUCAGACACUCUUUCCGCUGCUAACCUUCGAUCUUUGUUGAAUCAAAGCCCCAAUCAAUUCAGAGAGGCUGAGUAAAGGAUGGUUGUAGAUUGCUGCAACUUGGAAGUGGGAAAGAAGAAGAAGUGAAAUCCCAAAUCUCAAAUCAGAGUCAGCGGUGUGAGGGUUCUUGAUCGGGUUUGUGAGAGAUCUAGAUCCAUUUUCUUAGAGAUUCCUAUCUCUCUCUAAAUCUGGACCGUUCACCUUAAUAAUGCCACGUGUCGUCCUCAGCAGAUAGAAUAACACAAGCACUGCAAGACGAGUAAUAGCAGAGGAUUUAGAUCCCUCGUGGAGGGGGUGUGAUCAUACAUUUCGGAGGAAAGUGAUUUGAAAGUGUGGAAUCGGUAUUCAUAGGUUGGCAAUCAGGUUUAGGGGAUUGCCCGACCAAAAGACUGUAGAGCAUGGUAGAGAUUAACUUUGGAGGAUCAAAGGAGGGCCCGCAGCGCGGCCUACAUCCGGGUAGCUAGACCCCAUAUUUUUCUGCCGGUGACCGCCAUGCUGUGCCCGUCAGCCCCUCUACAUUUUCUAAUUGUGAAUUCUUCUGGUGAUUGCGAUUUGAGUCCUACCUAUAUAAUUGAUUGAAGGAAGGAGGGGCGCUGAACGCAGGCCCAGUAAUCCACUACUCAGGAGUACCCAUAGACCACCACCUCUCUCUCUCUCUCUCUCUCUCACACACACACACACACACACAUCUUGUACUUCCCGCUGGCUUCAUCGCCCCUUUGCUGCAUUUUUCUCAAUUACUAUUACAGUAUAUAGAUAUAGAUAUAGAUAUAGAUAUCAUUCCCCUUCAUUCGGUUGCUUUCUUCCUCUUUCCAGUCUAUCUCGAAUCUCGGUCCAAAAGCAUCUUUUGGGUUUUGGGUACUCCGGCAGGCAUACCCUAAUUUUCUAACAAAGGGAAGGGAGUCUGAAGUAGCGAAUAGGGACGGGUCACUCUCAACGACGACCAGACGACGAGACGACGACAACUACAAAAACUUCCAUCCUACACAGAAAAGUGUCUCUCUCUCUCUCUCUCUCUCUCUCUCUCUCUCUCGCAUACACAAAAAAAAGGGCACAGGAAUCUGUCUUUGUCAGCGUUGCGUAACAGAGCCGUCUCGUUGAUAUAGUCAUCAUCGAGGUGCUGCAUUCGCGCCUUCUCUUCUUUUCUGUUGAUUGGUUUUCCCGUGGAUGUAGCUCGAGCGCCACAUCGUCGCUCUUGCAGAAACAAUAGCAACGACGGAAUCCAGAACCAGAUAUGGUAAAUGACAAGCCUUCUCUGGCCUUUGUCUGCCGGGAUCGGAUGAUGGAUAUGCAUCUGGCUUGCAUUGCAUUUGUUUUUCUGUUUUCAGCUAUUCGUGUAAUAUGUAUCUCGUCUCCGUUUAUUCCUCAUUUUAGUGAAAGGGGAAAAUGCCCAUUGUUUCUUACCUGCUUUGAAACUUGAGAACCUUUUAACCCCCGCGUUUUCUUCUUUGACCAAUUGAUUUCCUCAUCCCUGCUUCAGCUGAUGCUGGUCAUUUCUUUGCAACUCAAACCUUCCUUUUCGAUCUUUACUCAUUUUCUUUUGGGGGUUUGAAAAUCUAGGUUGUGCCUUCUAAUUCGGACAAAACUAAUUCUACUAAGCAGAAUGGCAAGCAUCAAGGGAGGAUUUCAAUAUUCGAGACCCAAGCGUCGAUGACGGACCCUUGCAUUUCCUGCACUACUUUUAACAUCCUUGCUCCUGUCUAUAAGAGACUUGAUACUGAGAAUCAGAGCCUUCGCGAAAGUGAGUACAGGGUCUACUGGCUUACGAGAAACCAGAGCAUAUUAGAUUGGUUGUUGUGCGAGAGAUCCUCCAUAAUCUGUCUUCAGGAAUUUUGGGUUGGAAAUGAAGACCUUGUCCAUAUGUAUGAGAAUAGGCUCAGUGAUGCUGGUUAUCUCAAUUUCAAGCUUGCACGAACGAACAAUCGAGGGGACGGUCUGUUCACUGCCGUGAAUAAGGACUACUUCAGGGUUGUGAGCUAUCGAGAGUUGCUCUUUAAUGACUUUGGAGACCGUGUUGCUCAAUUGUUGCAUGUUGAAUCUGUAGUUCCCUUGUCACAAAACUGGAGCAGCUUUGUUCAGCCAGAAAUUCUAAUUGUCAACACCCAUUUGUUGUUUCCGCACAAUUCUAGUUUGUCUGUUGUACGGUUACAUCAGGUCUACAAAAUUUUGCAGUAUGUUGAAUCUUAUCAGAAGGAAAACAAGCUUAAACCUUUGCCCAUCAUACUCUGUGGUGACUGGAAUGGGAGCAAGCGUGGGCAUGUCUACAAGUUCCUUAGGUCGCAGGGGUUUGUAUCAUCUUAUGAUACUGCUCAUCAGUAUACCGACAGUGAGGCAGAUGCUCACAAGUGGGUUAGCCACAGCAAUCAUCGGGGCAACAUUUGUGGCGUCGAUUUUAUAUGGCUUCUUAACCCUGAUAAGUAUCAGAAACCGCUAAGGAGAGGCUGGAGUGAAGCAGUUUUUAGUAUUAUCAAGUGUCAGAUUUACAAAUCUUCUCUUGCGGAAAGUGAUGCCUUCGCAUCUCUGAAGGCUGAUAACCAUGGUGAUUAUAUUACGUAUUCGGGUUUCUGCAAAGCACUUGGUCAGCUAGGCUUAACUGGGCAUCCUCAUGGACUGAGCAUUCAGGAGAUGAAUGAUUUGUGGACCCAUGCUGUCACUGAUGAAAUUGGUGCUGUAGAUUAUAAAGAACUUCAGCAACAAAUAUGGGAUUCUACAAAAACAGAGGAAGUUCUCAAUGACAUAAGAGUGGAUGUUAUGAGGGACACAGAAAAGCAAGCUAUUUGUUUAAAUGUGAAGAAUGCAGUACUCUUCCCCCCUGAAGUGGAGAAAGGAAUGUGGCCUGAAAACUAUUCUCUGUCUGAUCAUGCACGACUAACUGUUGUUUUCUCACCCGUAAGGAUGUCAUGUUCCCUACCAAUAUGUUAACCCUUGGUCCAACAAAUCCUUCUAUUGCUGUAAAAACAUGGAAAGAGGAAGGGGGAAAAAGGAAAAGGAGAAAAUGGUAGGAGGUAUUGUGUGUACAUUCUGAAUAUGAUAUAUGGUGGUAAAAUCCUAUUUAGCCACUUCAUGAUCUGUUUGGCUUGGCUUGUUUGGAAUUUUAGGAUUUAAACCUAGUUGAAAACUGGUAGUAUUGUUUAUCUUAUAGGGGGGAGGGGAGGGGAGGGGACUAGACUCUAGCAUCAUUUAAUGAUCUUAUUCAGAAAGAAAAUUUAAUCUGUGGUCAACCGGCUGACUUUUGCAUGGUUUAUAAUGUGAUUACGAUGAACUGUUGAAUAGUUUCUCGUGGCAACCUUGACAGCAGUUGGAGAACCCUCUUAAUCAUAGACUUAUUGGGUA